AUGAGCGGGACCACCGAAUCGGCUCCGACGACAGGCCCUGCCAUCCGCAAAUACCGGCUUCGCUAUAUAUUCGAAUCCGUGUACGAAGUCAAGGCACAUGAAUACCGUGUCCUCAUCGAUAAGGCCCGCAUCGAGCCCCAAUCACGCGACUCAUUGGCCGAGGUGUGCCAGAAGAUAUCCUUGGUCGACGAUAUCCUCCAUCGGGAGGAACUUGUAUCAGUCGUGACUGGUUCAAAAACUUCCGACCGCAACUUGGUUGAUGCAGUGCGCCUGGUCAACACAAGAGAGCUGAAGACCAAUGAGCAGAUGCUCACCAUUCAGCGCUUGCUCACCCCCAUGAUGGCCCAUCACGCAGUCAGAAAUGCAAUGGGUAGCAUGGGAAGCGACGCGAGGGCUGCUUACAAGAAGUGGAAGAAGGAUCAAGUCUUGCCACCCUUCGAUCUGUCCAAUCGGGCACCACUCCCAAUCGAGUCCCAUCUUCGUCAAAAGCUCCAAAGCCUCCUUCCCGCACUCGCACGCAUGUACGCGCUGCCCCUGGAGGAUGUCAGCACGGAGAACGUCGCGUACAUGGUGGAAUGCACCGCGGACUCCAGAGCGCUGCUCGAUGCCUUUGACCAUGUCGUAUGGUCAGAGAAACGCGAAAUCGCAACCGGCCUCACAUUUGACAUCGAUCGCUUCGAGGCCGAUACACUAGCUCGUCUCCGAGCAGACUACUCUUCACAUCUUCAGCUCCUCAAGCAAGAUUUCGAUCGCAACAUGAAGAAAGCCGACCACUGCAUGCAACGAUUGGACAGGCAAGUCGCAUGGCUGGAGUUCCAAUUGCGUCCACGCUUCCCGGUAUAUUCAGACUCCCAGACAGAUUCAGAGUCGCAGGCAGAUUCAGACUCCCAGACAGAUUCAGAGUCGCAGGCAGAUUCAGAGUCGCAGGCAGAUUCGGACUCGCAGGCAGAAGACUUACCGAUGUCGUUCAGUGCCGAUCCCAGCGUCCCGGCCGCUACCUCCUCGACCCCUGCAGCUGCGAGUGCCUCUCUCAGCGACACCUCUGGACAGCUCCCUACGCUUCCUGCUGUCGCGCUUGCUUCACAAGAUGUCCUUCCCGCCUCACCCGCCGCUGGCAUGUCUGACCGAAUCGGCGAAGCUCAUCGCGAGUUUGGAAACGACAGCACUUCCGCACAGGAGCGCAAGACGGACGGUGACGAAGACAAAGCUCAGACUGACGCUCACUCGGUCAAAUCGAGCGUCUCGUCGGUCUAA